AUGGAUAUGGAGGACCCGCCGCCGCCGCCGCAGAGGCUUUGCUGCGCGGUGCAGCACUACGAGUGGGGCCGGCGCGGGGCUGCCUCCCUCGUCGCGCGUCUCGCCGACCAGCAGGACCCGACCCCUACGCUGAGCUCUGGAUGGAACGCACCCGUGCUGUCGGUGGCGAAGGCGCUCUCGAUCCAGGCGCACCCGGACAAAAAACUCGCCGAGGCGCUGCACGCGCUGCGGCCGUCCGUCUACAAGGAUGGCAACCACAAGCCCGAGAUGGCCAUCGCCAUCACCGAGUUUCGGGCGCUCUAUGGCUUUGCUGGCAUCCAGGAGCUCAGGGAUCUCCUGAGCACUGUACCUGAAGUUGAAGGGCUAAUUGGGCAUGAGCAUGCUGCCAAGCUGAUGAGCUUCAACGAGUAUGAUGGGGGUAAUGAAGUAAAAUCCAGUUUGCAAUCAGCUUUUGCUAAGCUAAUGGUAGCAAGUAAAGACAUGGUUUCUGAAGCACCUGCCAAACUGAUCAGUCGCCUGAAUACUGAGAGCAAAUGA